AUGGUCAAGUAUCUCCAAUUCAACGACAAGACCAUAAAAUUCAACAUCUGGGAUACAGCGGGACAAGAGAGAUAUCACAAUUUAGCCAUAAUGUAUUACAGAGACGCCAACGCCGUAAUCAUGACUUAUGACAUUACUAAGCGUGAAAGCUUUGAAAGCCUUAAAAGAUGACAUUGGGAAUUACAAGAGUUUGGGGCCUAAAGACAAGAAAAAAUCAAAGGAUAGUUACACUAAUUUUUUCCUAUAAAAAGAGACUCAAUUUUUUUCUACCGCUAUUUUAUAGAGUAAAAAUUUCCCUUGGUUUCUGGUAAAUCCCUAAAGACAUAGUUGUUAUAAUUGCAGGAAAUAAAAAGGAUUUAGUUGAAAAUGAAGCUGUUUCUCUUGAAGAAGCUAAAUAUUUUGCUAACUUAAUUGGAGCUAUAUAUCUUAAAACAUCAGCCAGAAUGAACUACGAGGUUGAACAAUUAUUCAGAGAAAUCGCUGCAAAAUGUUGCCCAGAGUUUAACAGCCCUCAAUCAGCCCCAAAAAGAAAUACAAUUGCGUUGGAUAACAAAGGUAACCAAACUCAAAAGAAAUGCUUCUAA